CUUUGUGACCCGUGGGGAUAAAGGUGUUGGCGGCAACGCGGCCACGCCACCGUGCUCGGAGCGGGCGACUGGGCAGGACGGGACAGAGCGGUGCUGUGAGGAGCCUCCUCGCAGCCAACUCCUUUCUCGUCGACCAGGAGCGUUUUCGAGAGUUCUUUUGUGAUCAUCUUCCCUCGAGGCCACAGCACAGGAGUUGGGGACCCGGAGUAUUUCUGAGGUGACCCCACUCCCUGUGGGAGUGGCCCUCGAGGCCAGGCCACGGGCCUUGGUGACCCGGAGCUUUUCCGAGGAGUCACCAGUGGCUGUGGCAGCGGCCCUUGAGGCCAUUUUGUCAGACUUUGCCACCAGGGGCUGUUCCAAGUCAUCAGCAGCCCCUGUGGCAGUGGCCCUUGAGGCCAUUGGUUGAGACUUUGCCACCAGGGGCUUUUCCAAGCCAGUCCCUGUGGCAGGAGCCCCGCAGGCCAUUGUGUCACACUUGGCCGCCAGGGGUUUUUUCCAGGUUUCUCCCCCGCAGGUGCCCUCAACACCAGACUGUGCCAUGGCGGGGGGAUGCUUCGGCCUGUGCCGGCUGCUCCGGAGGAACAGGAAGAACAGGAGAGGCCCUGGAGCUGGCCCAGCACAGGAACCAGAGGAGGAGGUGCAGCACUUCCAGCCACUGCAGCAGGAUCCAGGCCGGGACCGCCCAGAAGAGCAGGACCGCGCCCGUGGCCGCUUGCGCAGGGCAGUUCAGAGGUUGCUGAAAUUCAUGGGUGUUCGGCGCAGAACAGCCACGACCGCACCGCCCGAGCUCCCGGCACAGCCUGACACCAGCGCAGCCGAGCUCGAGGUGGAGCCAGAUGUCAGCACUGCACCGAGUGACUGUGCAGCCAGCGGUGACAUGGCACCGAUGGAUGGCACAGCAACCUGUGACACCGCGCUGCCUGACACCACCACAAGCUCUGACACGGCACCAACUGAUGUCGGGGCCAAGGCUGAUGACACGACUGAGGGCACCGCAGAAACUGACUGCCUGCCCAUGGACAGUGUGACUGAUGCUCCCAGUCUGGGGGUUUUGGAGCAGAAAACCGUCUCCAGUGCAAAUGAAGUGCCGGCCAGUGUCAGCCCCAUCCACCAGUGGCUCACGUGCCAGGAGUCUCCAGAGGUCAGGCCGCCCAUUGCCAUCCGCAGGCUGGCCCACGCACACCCUGGGCACGUGGUGAUGACUCUCCUGCACUGUGCCCCAGCGUGUGACAGAGCUGCUGCAAUCCUGUGGAGGACCAUCGCCUCCUCGGCCACCACAGCGCACAAGGUGCUGCCAACGCUGCUCGGGGUGAUGGAGGACUGGCCACUGCACAGCGUGUCCACCUCCAACGGGGACCACAUGGACGUCUUUGCCCUGGCUGCAACCCUGGCCCUGUGGCUGAUGGUCCAGGAGCCCCAGUGCCAAGAUGCACUCUUCGUUUAUGCCCCUCGUCUCCUCCUGGCUCUGCUCUGCCAAGUUUCAAUGAGCACUGAGCAGAUGUCACAGGAGGUCAGCACCUUCUGGAGGGGAUGCCAGGAGCUACACGGCCUUCCCACCCACCCCAACAGCUUUGUGGUGCAGACCAUCCGGGCCCUGCUCUGCCGGCUGCAGUGGGACCAGGAGCUGGUGUCAGUGGAGCGCAAGCGUGGCUGGGACGCGCUCCUCUCUGCUGACACCCACCACUACGCGGUGGGGCUGCUGGCCAGGGAGAUGCGCCACGUGUUGGUCCCCUCCUAUGGCCCGCUGGCAAGGCACCUGCUGGGGCUGCUCAGCAGGGAGGGGCCCCGCUGGGAGCUGCCUGCCCUGGCCUUCCUUGUCGAGGUCCUCAACUAUUUGGACGUGAGCGCAGGUGAUGACAGUGUCCUGCAGAUCCUGGCAAGGCACCUGCAGAGCCAGUGCCCAGAGAGGCGGCGCCUGGCUCUGCGAGGGCUCCUGGUGCUCAGCGGGGAUCCCUCCAUGGUCAAAAGCAUCUGCAGCCUGUCUGAGCACCUCCUGGAGUUGCUGCGUGAUGGAGAUGGAGAGCUGGUCAGGAUGACCCUCUCCGUGUUCCUGAAUGUGCUCCAGGAUGGAGACAACACUGACGGGUUCAGCUCCACUGCCCCGAGGCUGGUUGAGGCGCUCCGGCCAGUCUUUGACAACGACAACAGCCACGUGCAGCUGCUCUCUAUUCGCCUCUUCCGAGAGGUGAUGGAGGUGCUGGCGGAAGAGGGAACAGAGCCCUGGGAGAUGCAGGUGCGCCAGAGCCUGGUCCCACUGUUCUUCCGCUGGCACGACGAGAACCAGCGCGUGGCAGAGGCCGCUCGGGAAGCACUGCUCUGGGCUACAAGCUUCCUCAAGAGGAAGGACCUGGAGCAGCUGCUGAAGACAGAGCAGCCCUUCAGGUUCUGUGACUGCCUGAUGGAAAAGGACAGGAGCCGAAGGGGCGAGCACCUGCAGCAGGCCCUGCCCUACCUGCAGAGCCCACAGGAGCCCCUGCGAGAGGCGGCCGUCAGGUUCAUGGGUGAGCCCCAAGGCCGCGGUCCCUCCCCGCCCCGCUGCAGCUCGGCCCCAGCCCCGGCUGCUGCAGCGGCAGCAGGAUGGGCCCAGGGAUGUGCUGGGGAGCCCCGAGUGCCCUGGCGGCUGCUGCCGCCCUCUGCCAGCCCAGCCCCGGGGCCUCCCCAUGCGGAGCCCCUGGGCCCUGACAGCCUCUGUGUUCCCAGGGCUCGCCGGCUGGCACAUGAGGGAGUGGCAGCAAGACCUGUGGCCCAUCCUCAAGGGCCUUACAGCCAUGAGUGACGACGACUGCCCCUCCGUCUCCAACAUCAGAACUCAACUCGUGGACACUUACAGCCGUGCCAGGAGACGACCAAUGUCCCUGCAACAGCCCCGCAACAGCCCAGGGACCACUUCUCAGCGCGGCU